AACGUCAACGUCAACAAGCUUCGGUUUUGUGUUUUCCACGGCGGCGAUCGAUUUCUAAUGUGAACGCGCGAGUGAUCCGGAUUUUACCCGGUAAAACGUCCCACUAGAUAACCGCAACCCGUACCAACUUGACCGGCCAAGCAUCAUCAACACAAGCCACCUCCGCCGUCUGCCGAAUCCAAAAUGGCGCUCCCGAACAACUACAAACAGCACGUCCCGGUUUCGACGCCCACGACCCAGCGCCUGCGUCCGUCGGGUUCGGGUUCGGGCGACAGCCGCAGCAACAAGCCGGACAAUUCGAGCCCGUUCAUGCACAGUCCGCACGGCAAUCCGGCCUUUACGCCGCAAAAGCUGGGCAAAACGGCGACCACGGCCGAGGCCAAGCAGCUGAAGCCUCCGAAGGCACCGGAAAAGCCGCUGAUGCCGUACAUGAGGUACUCUCGGAAAGUGUGGGACUCGAUCAAGGCGUCGAACUCGGACCUGAAGCUGUGGGAGGUGGGCAAGAUUAUUGGCCAGCAGUGGCGCGAUUUGCCCGAGAGUGACAAGGAGGAGUUCAUCACGGAGUACGAGGCGGAAAAGCUCGAGUACGAGAAGAAUUUGAAGGCGUAUCACGCAUCUCCUGCGUAUUUGGCUUAUUUGACUGCGAAGAACAAGCAGAAACCGGGUGGAGACGGUGAUGGGCACGAGAAUUCGCGGUCUAGCUCGAAGGGUGGUGGUGGCCAGCAGGAUCGUCGUAUCGACAUCCAACCGGCGGAGGACGAGGAAGAUCAGGACGAUGGCUAUUCGUUCAAGCACGUUGCGUACGCAAGAUUCUCGCGCAAUCAUCGUCUGAUCAACGAGAUCUUUUCCGAUGCCGUCGUGCCGGAUGUCCGCUCGGUGGUGACCACCCAGCGCAUGCACGUCCUGAAGCGGCAGGUUCAAUCGCUGGCCAUGCACCAGAUGAAGCUGCAGCACGAGUUGCAACUGAUUGAGGAAAAGUUCGACACCAGAAAGCGCAAGUUUGUCGAAUCGAGCGAGCAGUUCCAGGACGAGCUGAAGAAGCACUGCAAGCCAGCUGUUGACGAUGAAACCUUCCAGAAGAUGGUCGAUCGUCAGUACGAGAUGAUGAAGCGUGAGCGACUGCGCACUGUCGAGGAACAGCAGAAACCUCUGGCCAAACCGGAGGAUAUCGCUGGGGGAGACAGCACGGCACCGACUACUCCCGGAGCAGUCAGCGCCACACCGGACGAACCGGUCAAAGCUCCAGUUGCUCAGGAAGUAAAGCAGGUUGAAAAGGAAACUGCAAAGGCUGGAGACGAGGCUGGCAAACCAGCUCAGAAAUUGGAAGAACCUUCCAAGGAGAAACCCGCGGAGAAUAAACCGGCAGAGCAGACUCCAACACCGCCAGCGCCAGUUGCUGGACCAACUCCGCCAGAACCAUACCGUGCUCCAACUCCGCAAGCCCAAGCUCUACCGGCCGUUGCUCCAGAACAAAAACCAGACCACCAACCAGCACCGAUUCCGUCGGCAGCUCCAACUCCGCCACCACCAACCCAUGCUCACCCGGUCGGUCCUCCACCGCCAUCGACCUCGCUUCCUCCGACUUCCAUCCCAUCCUCGGUCGCAGGACCGGCCCCAACAUCGGCCUAUCCGCAGCCAACCCCACCGCAGCAGCAACACGGUGGCCCCGAUGCCCACGGUCCUCCCCCGAACGUGACGGUACCACCGCAGCACCAUCAACAGCAGGGACAUCCGCCGCCUCCACCCGGCCAUCACAUGCCGCCGCACAUGCAGCCCCACCCGGGAAUGCCAUCGCCCCACUCCGGCUACCCCGGAUAUCCGCACGCCGGUCCACCACGUCCCUACUAUCUCCCCAGCGGGUACGGAGCCCAUCCGCAGAGCUACGGCCAGUACGGCCACUAUCCGUACCAUCAGCAGUACGCUCCACCGCCACCACCUGGCCAGUACAUGCCGGGUCCGCCCCGUCCCGGUGGCCACAUGGGACACUACGAUCCCCACGGCCACGGUGGCGGUGCCGGUGACGGAGGUCAUCAUCCCCACUCGCCGUACGGUCCGGGACCGGCCCCAGGAGGCGCCCCGCCACCGUCCGCCGGUGGGCCUGUUCCGCAGCAGCCGCCACAGCAGCAGGCUGUCCCUUCGGCCGAGCCGGAAACGCCCGAAAAACCGGAGAAGCCGGAAAAGACCCCGGCCAAGAAGAAAAAGUCCAGCAAGAAGGACGCCGAAAAGAAGGCAGCUGCGGCGGCGGCGGCGGCCGCUCAUGACGAUUGAGCGGUUUAAUCUCUGCACUACCAUUUGAAUACUACUGAACCGAUUGUGUUUGUGGGCAUCGAAAUAUUGAAAUAAUCUAACUAUCUAUCUUGUAAUGUGACGACUUUGUGGAAUGAUUCUUAUCCAAUAAACUAGACUAUAGCGAGUAAA